UCUUUAUUUAUUCUUUUUGUUUUUGGGAUUGUUAUAUACUUUUUUUUUUGGGGUCUGGUUUUUCAUUUUUCUUUUUACAUACUUCUGAAAUCUUAGCUAGUUUUCGAAAAUGAAUGAAAGAUGCAGAAACUCCUUGCCUUAGAUUUUAAAUUUUGCCUAUGUUUUAAACACUUAUUUUGAUAUUAGAUUAUAAAACUAAGGUGAAGUUUGUUCGUGAUUUUUCAAAAUUUAUAAUAAUAAAAAGAAGUGGUAUAUGAUGAAGCAUUUUGUUGGUGUGUAAUUUCUGCUUGAGUCAGGAAGAAAUUGAAGCACCCAUGUGGGUUGAUCUCACCUUAGAAGGGAAGCCCUACAAUCAGAACAUUGAUGAUAAAUGGUUCUAUACACACCACCCGGUCCACCAAAGUUCCUCUCAUGAUCUAAAAUCAGCAUUUUCUCAGCUUUAUGAGGAGGGAAAGACUUUAGAUUUUGAAUUAUCAGUGUCUUCUUCGAAUCUUCCUAAUUCUGUCUCAAGAUCAAGAGGGAAAGAUUUUGACGACAAGAAGUGCAAAGGCAGUUGUCAGGGUUUUGUAAUGGACAAGCAUAUUGUAGUUAUAGGUUCGAGUUCAGAGGGAAAGGAGUCAGCUGAUAGCAGAACAGGCAGCACAAUCAUAACUGGUACUGGCCAUCGACAACAACAUAAGCCAACGGCGGUAACAAGUCAACCAUUCAGCAGUUCUAGUAAACUUUUGUCAGAUAUGAGGAGAAGUCUCAGGAAAAGCUGCGUCACCAGACAAGCGUCUAGAUUGGAAGUUAAUAACUGUCAAAGACAGUCAAGCGGCCAUAACUCUUCUUCGAGUAAUUCAAGCAUAUCCUCCUCUUUGAAUCCUGGUUUUGGUGCUAAAAGUAUCACCAAAACAUCAGAACAUCACUUGAAAAGCACUCAAGGUGUUGGAAGCUUUUCCAGGAUGACUCAUGCAUCAAUGAACAAGUCCAAAGUUUCAAGUCUUUUCUCAAGCACAUUAAAGAUUCAUGUGGAGGAUGCGAGUUCCAACUCAAGGAGGAUUGGUAAACUCUAUAAUGCUAAGGCCACCCAUCUUGAGGCUGCAAAACCAAAGAUACUUCGUCCAAAAGCUUCUCUAGUACAGCGAAGAGACUAUCAAAACACUUGCUUAAAGCCGAAGAAAAAGGAAGGUUUAGAUGGAACAGGAAGACGCAAAACAGCAGUAGCUGGAAAGGAGAAUGCAAUAGGGAGGAUUGCUGUGAGUCAGAAAUGCAAUGGUAGAGACCAAUCUACUUUUAGUAUGGUCAAGGAUCAGAAAAGGACACAGCAUAAGGCUCCACAAAGACUAGUUAGCUUGAAGCAACAGGCUAAAAAUUGUCAUCCAAGUGAAGGAAAAAAUCUGGAAAAUGGAAGCAAGAACAGGGUGUACUUCCGUUGACUGAUCUGAUGGAUUCUGUAUAUAUAUAAAACAUCGCUACACAUACAAAGGAGGCAAUGGGGCAGGCAACCAAUCUCUUCAUUUGCUUUUCCAGACUGUGGUUGUAAGUUUCAUUCUUAUGGGUUCAAAUUAAUUUUCAUCUGACCCAAAGCUAAUGCUAUUGUAACUCUCUUUUUGAAA